UUCCUUUCGAAAAUGGCUGCCGUAUUGGAUGAAGUCGGCAAAUCCGCCGAAAAAUUGGUAAACGAGGAAAAAGACGAAAUUGUCGAUGCAGAGGAUGAAACUGGCGCAGUAGAAGCGUCGAAGAAGAAAAAAAAGAAGAAAAAGAAGAAGAAAGCUGAAGCUGGUGAAGCUAGUGCAGAUGUUCCAGAGGGAGAAGAAGACAAGGCUAAGGAUGGUGUUGCAGCUGGAGAAGAAGCUGCUCCAGAAGCAGCAGAAAAUGAUGGAGAAACAGAGGAAACUAAAAAGAAGAAGAAGAAACGCAAGCCACGUGGAAAAGCUGGAGGUGUUAAGCAACAAACGGAUCCUCCAACCGUUCCUAUAUCAGAAUUGUUCCCUGAUGGAAAUUUUCCAGUGGGACAGAUAAUGGAGCAUCCACCUGCAGCAGGAGUAGAUGAUAGAAUGGCAAAAGAGCGUUUCUCUAGCGAGGAGGCGCGUGCUUUUGAUAGGAUGAAUAACGAUAUUUACAAUGAAGCCAGACAAGCGGCUGAAGCUCACAGACAAACAAGAAAAUACAUUAUGAAUUGGGUAAAGCCUGGAAUGACUAUGAUAGAGAUAUGCAAUGAAUUGGAAAAUACAGCUAGAUCAUUGAUAGGAGAAGAUGGCCUUAAAGCUGGAUUAGCCUUUCCAACCGGCUGUUCCAGAAAUCACUGCGCUGCUCACUACACUCCAAACGCAGGUGAUCCAACAGUCUUGGAGUACGAUGAUGUUACCAAGAUUGACUUUGGUACCCAUAUAAAUGGGCGGAUCAUCGAUUGUGCAUUUACCUUGACUUUCAAUCCGAAAUACGAUAAGCUGAUCGAAGCUGUUCGCGAUGCUACAAAUACGGGAAUUAUGGCCGCUGGCAUUGACGUUCAACUUUGCGAUGUUGGUGCUGCCAUUCAGGAAGUCAUGGAAUCGUACGAAAUCGAACUAGAUGGCAAGACUUAUCCGGUGAAGUCCAUUAGAAAUCUUAAUGGACAUUCGAUUUCUCCGUACCGCAUCCAUUCUGGUAAAACUGUACCGAUAGUUAGAGGUGGUGAGGCAACCAGGAUGGAGGAGAAUGAAUUUUACGCUAUCGAAACUUUUGGAUCUACUGGAAAGGGAAUCGUGCACGAUGACUUGGACUGCUCUCACUAUAUGAAGAGUUUCGAUGCCGGUUUUGUUCCACUAAGAUUACAGAGCAGCAAGUCUCUUCUUAACACGAUUAAUAAGCAUUUCGGUACUUUGGCUUUUUGUAAACGAUGGUUGGAUCGCGUUGGUUGUACCAAGUAUCAAAUGGCUUUGAAAGAUCUCUGCGACAAGGGAGCAGUCGACGCCUAUCCGCCGUUGGUUGACGUCAAGGGAUGUUAUACUGCUCAGUUUGAGCACACUUUGGUCUUACGUCCAUCUUGCAAAGAAGUAAUUUCCCGCGGAGAUGACUAUUAACAUAUCUGUUCUCGAAUCACGUUGCAUGUACUCACACCUUCUGUUUAGGAAUGUACAAUUUGGUCUGUGUAAAAUCAGUAACGAUAAAUGUUUAUGAUUAAUAACGCAGAAUUUAAUUAUAUCACCUAAUGAUACUUUAUUCAUCGUUUCCCUUUGCCAGUGUACAAUCAAAUAUCUUUGUAACGCAAUAUUUUACUAGUAAAACUCCUUUUUUUUUUUUUUUUUUUUUCAUUUUUUUGUCAAAUACUUAGCAUGCUGGCAUAUGAACAAUACGAAGUAGUAUCGAGGAUAACAUUUUUUCACGAGCUUGUUUAUUUCCGAUGGAUGAGUAAAAAUGAGAAAAAUAUUAUUGUUGUUGAAUAAAAUAUAUUUGAUACCUCAAUUGUACCGGUGUGAUGAUAGUUUUAAAGAUGAUUAGUUCGCCCUGACCACAGACAGAAUAGCUGCGUGUAACGCGAUUACGGUAAAAUUCGAGUGAAACAUUUCGACUAUUUACAUAAUUGAUUCGUAGAAUUUUAAGUUACGAUAAUAAACAUGCUUUUAUUGGGUCUAAGAAGUAACAGAAUUGAAUACAUUUUGAAAGAAUGUAAUCAAUAGAGGAAUCACUAGAUUCGAAUCAACGAUCACGUUCCUACAGUACUGAUCACUGUCGAUCGAAAUAGUAUUGCGUAACAAUAGACGUUUUACUUUUUCCCUGAUCUAUGAACGCUGUGGUGUAAUAAAUGUUACUACGUCGCGUAUCAAACGCCUUUAAUUUCUCUGCUAGACGCUGAAGGUUUUGGCCAUUUAAAAUAAAUAAGCUUACAGUGAAUCACAUUACAAGCUGAAUAUUUACGCUUGCCAUUUUCUCUUGAGAAAUUACAUUUUCUACUGUUCCCUCGGUUCAACACGCAGUCAGUUUCAUCGUCUGGCGAGAGAACAAUCGUACAGUGAUUUCAAUAAAUCAAAACCUUCUGCCACUACCAUAAAUACAGCUAUACAAAUGUGUGGUCCCGGGGAUGCUGCUGCUUCUGCUACUUUUCCUAUUUCGAGUCUUUCCGUAUUCUACGUUCAGAUCUAUUUCUCGUACAAAUUUAGGCACGACGAUAAACUAACGAUCGACACUUACGUUACAACGAUAUUUCUCUUCAUUCAUCUAUUCUACUUUAUACCAUUCACGAGUGUUUUGCUCCUUCAAUUACACUAACGGUGUUCGACUCUAUACGAGAACGUCCUAAAACGAUCCGGUACGCGUAACAAAAUAUCGAAUUAUUCGCCUUGACCACGAUUCGGUCAAGCCUAGCUAUUUUUCCAUCAAGGCGUUCUGCUAAGGCCCGUUUGUCGCACACCUCGACACUUCGUUCUCCGUUUAGCCAUCGGAGGCGGAGCGGCGAGGACGCGGUGUAUUGGUCACACGUGCGUAGGCACGGUGGAUGCUGGUCGAAGGGAUAUCAUCUCGAGAAGAUUCGUGUUAACGUUUACGAUUGCGAUUUCCUUGAUUUACCACGUUACACGUUCUGGUUCGAGUAUACGUGCAAAUAGGAGUCAUCUAAUGUACAUGUUAUUUUACCACAGAAACGACGACACGCGACGCUCCUAUAGCUAAACUAGAGAAUCUCAAAUCGACAACUCUCGACGCCCAUUAGAAAAGACGAAAUUGAUCGUUUCGCGCGUUAACACGUUCUCCGAUAACUUUGGAAGAGUAUAAGGCAAAUUCAUCU